AUGAGGAACUUGGUUCACGGAAUUAAGGAAAAGACACCUAUGGGAUUCUGCGAUGUUCCACGAAAAAACCUGUUGGACUUUUUCCGUGACAUGAAAAGCAUUUCUGUCCCAAAUAAACCCAGAUACAAACCUCUCAAAAAGAUCCACCGGGCUGCAAGUGAGGGUGAUGUAAAGAGACUGCAGAAAAUGAUAUGUCUUGGGAAACACAGUGUACACGACAGAGACUUUAAGCAAAGGACUGCUCUGCAUUUUGCUUGUGCCUAUGGCAAGGUAGAAGCAGUAAGUGUUCUACUGAGAAAUAAUUGUGACAUUGAUGCUGUUGACAGAAACUCCAUCACACCUCUAAUGAAGGCUGUACAAAAUUGGACAUAUGGAUGUGUGCAUACAUUGUUGAAGCAUGGUGCUGACCCAAACCAUAUGGACAAAAAUGGCAAUACUUCUCUCCACUAUGCUGUGUCUGAAGACAAUCGGAUGCUGGCUAAAUACUUACUUAAGUAUAGUGCAAACAUGGAGCAAAAGAACAAGGAUGGCUUUACACCACUUUUACUGGCUCUCAAGGAAAACAAAAUAGAGAUGGCGAAAUUUUUAGUAAAGAAAGGAGCAAAUAUACAUGUAUUUGAUGAGAUGAAAAGAAACACACUCUUAUAUGCCAUAAGAUGGGAUGCAAAAGAUAUGGUCAGUCUCCUUCUGAAAGAAGGAAUUGACUUUUUCUUUAAAGAUGUAUUCGGAUGGACUGCAUUACGUUAUGCUAUUGAAGGUACAAGUAAAGGUAGUCGGAAAAUUCUUAUGGACUAUGAUGAAAAGUUACGUAUUAAAAAUAAAGAUGGCAGUGUAGGUAAGGCUUAUGAAAAUGAAUACAAGAAUUCUGAAGAAAAUUCAUUAGCCAAGAACACCAGUGAUCCUACUUCUGUGUUUACCUUGCCCAAAUCAAAUGAUGAUGAUGAUGAUUUUAAUGACAAGGUAAACAUAGAGGGGACUUUGGUUGUUAGUGGUGGUGAGAUCACAUCAAGAGAGAGAAUGCAUCCUUUUUCUCAUGAGCAUGAAAAUAAAAAUCAAGGAAGAAGCAAAGAAAGGAAGAAUAGGAGCUAA